GCGGGGUAUAACCAGACAUUACAUCUCAUCCACUACCAUUUUUCAUACCAACAAUUGCUACCAAUUCUUAGUCUCAGUUUACCUCAUCCAUCUACUUCAGUCACCAUGCCAAUCCCCAUCCCCACCGCAAACAAACUCACCGACCUCCUCAGCCUAAAAGGCAAGGUCAUCGUCAUCACCGGCGCCUCCAACCCCCGCGGCAUCGGCAUCGAAGCCGCCCGGGGCUGCGCCGAAAUGGGUGCCUCGGUAGCCAUCACUUACUUUACCCGGAAGGACUCGGCAGAGCAGAACGCCCGCGAUCUGGCCGAGGAAUACGGCGUCCAGGCGAAGGCUUACCCGUGCGAUAUCCGUGAUUAUGCGGCCGCUGAGACUCUCGUACAAUCUGUCAUUAGCGAUUUUGGACACAUUGACGGGUUCAUUGCCAAUGCGGGCCGCGCAGCAGAUGCAGGUGUUUUGGAAGGCUCAGUGGCCGAUUGGAUGGAGAUUGUGCAGACGGAUUUGAACGGCACGUUUCAUUGUGCCAAGGCUGUUGGGGAGCAUUUCCGACAGCGGGGCACCGGGUCAUUUGUGGUGACUUCGUCCAUGUCGGGCCAUAUUGCCAAUUACCCCCAAGAGCAGACGAGUUAUAAUGUGUCCAAGGCAGGGUGUGUGCAUUUUGCCAAGUCGUUGGCGAAUGAGUGGAGGGAUUUUGCGAGGGUCAAUUCGGUGUCCCCUGGGUAUAUUGAUACUGGGUUGUCGGAUUUUAUUGAUCGCAGGACGAAGGAGUUGUGGAUGGGGUUGAUUCCGAUGGGGAGGGAUGGGGUGGCGAAGGAGUUGAAGGGGUUGUAUGUUUAUUUGGUUAGUGAUGCGAGUAGUUAUACCACUGGGUCGGAUAUUAUUGUUGAUGGGGGGUAUUGUGCUAGGUGA